ACAGGUCUGGGAGGUGGUGGGUGUGCAGUCCGGGGUAGGAGGGGAUGCUGGUUGUGAGCUGCCUUCUGGAAGAAACCUUACGCAGACAAUAACGUUUGAUUUCCUUUAGUGUACGACUUCCCUCAGUGAACAUGGAGCACAUUAGAACUCCGAAGGUGGAGCAGGUGAAGUUAUUGGAUCGAUUUGGAAGUAACAAGUCAGUUAUUGGAACCUUGUAUCUGACCGCAACCCAUUUAAUUUAUAGAGAGUUGACUACAGUCAAUCCAAAGGAAAUUUGGAUAAUGCAUCAUCACAUUGCAGUAGUGGAGAAACUCCCUCUGACAACAGUUGGGUGCCCAUUAGCAAUUCGGUGCAAGAAUUUUCGUGUCAUUCAUUUCAUCAUUCCAAGAGAAAGGGACUGUCAUGAUAUUUACAACUCUCUACUCAAGCUCUCACGACCAGUAAAGUAUGGUGACCUGUAUGCAUUCUUAUUCAAUCCUAAGAAGACUGAAUAUGAGAGAGAAAUAGGCUGGAAGGUCAUUAAUUUAAAUGAUGAAUAUCGACGCAUGGGAAUUCCAAAUGAUAUCUGGCAGUUAACAGACGUAAACCGGAGUUACAAGAUUUGUGACACAUACCCAACAGACCUGUAUGUUCCCAAAAGUGUCAGCAAGCCUAUUAUAGUUGGAAGUUCCAAGUUCAGGAGCAAAGGAAGAUUCCCUACGUUGUCCUAUUUUUACCAGCAAAAGCAGGCUGCCAUAUGCAGAUGCAGUCAGCCAUUAUCUGGCUUCAGUGCUAGGUGUCUGGAAGAUGAACACAUGCUGCAAGCUAUUAGCAAAGCCAAUCCCAACAGUCACUUCAUGUAUGUAAUGGAUACAAGGCCAAAACUAAAUGCAAUGGCAAAUCGAGCUGCAGGAAAAGGUUAUGAAAACGAAGAUAAUUAUUCCAAUAUUAGGUUCCAGUUUGUUGGGAUUGAGAAUAUUCAUGUAAUGAGAGCGAGCUUACAGAAAGUCAGUGAAGUGUGUGGAACCAAAGCUUUAACUUCAAAUGACUUCCUGAGUGGUUUGGAGAGUUCCGGAUGGCUUCGUCACAUAAAAGCGAUAUUGGAUGCUGGUGUACAUCUUGCUAAAGCAGUUGGAUAUGAUGGUGCCAGUGUCUUAGUCCAUUGCUCUGAUGGUUGGGAUCGUACAGCACAAGUCUGUUCUUUGGGUUCUUUGCUGCUGGAUCCAUAUUACAGAACAAUAAAAGGAUUUAUGGUUUUGAUAGAAAAAGACUGGAUUUCAUUUGGUCACAAGUUUGCUGACAGAUGUGGUCAACUUGAUGGCGACCCUAAAGAAAUAUCUCCGGUGUUUACACAGUUUAUUGAGUGUGUUUGGCAUCUGACGGAACAGUUUCCUCGUGUUUUUGAGUACAGUGAAACUUUCUUGCUUGAGAUACAUGAACAUGUUCAUUCCUGCCAAUUUGGGAACUUCAUUGGAAACUGCCAAAAAGAACGAGAAGACAUGAAAAUUCAACACAAGACCCAUUCCUUAUGGUCAUUUCUUUUGGAAAAUCAACACAAGUAUUUGAACCCGCUCUAUGAUCCUAAUCUUCCCUGUGUACAUGAAGUGCUUGAACCAAACACUGUCUCCUUCAACUUCAAGUUUUGGCGUUGUAUGUAUCAUCAGUUUGAUAAAAUAAUGCAUCCCAGGCAAUCACAACUUGGACUAGUUCUCUCUCUCAGUGAACAGAAUAAACAACUGGAGAUUGAAGCCAAAAAACUGGAGGAAAAAAUAACAAGUCUGGGGGAAAAACCCCGUACAGUUAUCAAAAAAGAACCUUUUCAUUCAGUUAACCAAUUAUCUCAAAUGCUAAAGACGACUGAAAAUGUGUGCAAACAGCAAACAACGAUGGAAAAUAACCCGAUUAGAACAGUGCAAGGUGGUAACACUCCUGAAGAUGGUUGCAAAGAACUCAAAUCUGGUUUCUCUAAAGCUGAGCCCACAUUGGUUAAUUUGGAACUUGGCAUGGCAAAGAUGACUUGCUAAAUCAGAAAGACAGUCUUCGCUUACAGACCUGGGGAAGUGCUUCUAGAAAACAUUAACUCAAGUGUGCAGUAGUAUAGAAAAAGAUGCUUGGCCUACCAGCCAAUCGGUUCUGUGGUUAAUGGCACAAUUACGUACUUCACUCACUGUUUGAUUUGUUUUGAAAGUUUAAAAUGAUUCAAAUCAUUAUCAGAUAUGUAACAUCUGAAUGGACUAAAUUUGGAAAUUUCACUCUUAAAAAAAUAUGUACUAUCCUUCAUCUAAUUCAGAUCUAGAUCAGUGAGGUUGCACUGCCCAAAAAUUGUGAAUAUAGUAGUUAUACAGAGAACCCUCAUUCAACUGAUGUAGUCUAAACAUUUUGCAGUGUGUUUUAUUAAAGAUAAAUUAUCUGCAAUGGAUUUUGGGCAGUGCAAUUGAUGGUAUUGGUUCUUUGAAAGUAAGUAACUUGUGAAGCUUUAACAUCACUGCAAUUUAAUGAGAAAAUAAUCAUUUUUGGCUUAGAAUAAAGUUCUGUUAACAUUUUAUGAUUAACACUGUAAAUUCAGCAGAACAAUCUUGUUAUGAUGCAGCUACUGCUCAGCUACCAAAAUAUGAAGUCUGCUGUGAGACUCUCAUUAUGUUAGGUCCAAUGUAACGGGUAUAGCAUUAGUGUCCUUCAAGUCAUGGCCAUUGAACCAGCCAUCCGCUGACUGCAGAAAAUGGGCUGCAUUUGCCUCAUCCACUAUUCUGCAGAAAGCUUGAUGACAUCCUGGAAAUGCAGAUUUUAAAAAAAGGGAAAUUGCCUGCAUGUUCUGGGCUUUGUGAUUACCUUAAUAUUUAAAACAAAUACUCUGUAUGAUGCAUUCAGGGAAACUGACAAUGCAUUGGCCACAUUGUUUAAUACACGAUUUAUUUUUGAACCUUAGUGUAACAAGGAUGUCUGAGAAUUUUGUGGCACCUAGACCCUGAAAUUCGUUCAAUUCCAUUCACUACCUGAUUACUUAAUUACAAUGGAGUUCUUGAUGCCAGUCUCCAGGAAUUAGUUUUUUUUAAAAAAACUUUCAUUGAUCUGCCUCUGACAAAUUGUCCUCUGAAUGUACCAACUUCUUUUGUUCCUUGUAUUUGUCAUCUAGAUUGAGUGUAUUCAAUAUUGGAAGUAAGUGUGAACUGUAUUAAUCAAUCUUAAUUGUGUGAAUAAAGUAGUUCAGGGGUAGUUUGGUUACUGUUCUCUGCCUCUUACCUAUCCUGAGGCUUAUAAAUGUGUAAUAGAAGAAAAAAAAAAUUCUCUGAAUGGCUCCUGGGAUUGCAAGACCCUUGUAAACAAUGAUAUGUGUAAAUAUGUUCUGGUAGAUGAAGUAAAUUUAUUUGUAAGGAUUGAAAAUAUUUACUCUAUGCUGAGCCCAAGCAUGCCUCUAUUAGGUACAAACCUACUGAAUCAUUGAGAAUACUCUAAUUUUGUCAGCCAUAGGACUCCAUACAGCUUGAACCAAUAUGAAAAUAUUUGUUUCUUUUCUGAUCCUUCAGAAUAACUGAAAUGUUUGAUUUAUUUGCAAUGUUUUGCAUGAUUUUAUUUUAGAAUAUGGUGUACUUUAGAGGUCCAACACUUUCUUUUAUUUAGCAUAAAAAUAAUAUACAAGCAGAACAGUUCAGCAUUAUGAAAUGUACAGACUGUUUCUAGAAAUCAUUCCAAUAUUGGAACCUCUUCAUAUUCCUCAGGGUUUAUGGCUGUUCCUUGCACUAAUAUAUUGAUCUUGAUAUGUUUACAGAAGUUGAACACAACCUUCGGAAAGUUUUACUCAGAGGUAACAGGUUUCGAAAUAUUAGAAAGCUGUUAAAAUUGCUUUUUUCCUAUGUGAUCACUGUGCAAAUACUAAAAAUAUUGACCACUAACCUUUAAGCCUCUUUAAAAGUCAUUUUAAAUCUACUGAUGAAAUCUCCUGAAGUAAUUCCAACAAAAUUACAAAUUUUUAUAAUGUGAGAUUAGGCUGCAGAGCUGUGUAACAUAAAAAUACGAUAAGUGUUCUGUAACAAAGAACUUGGAGAGAUGUGUUGGAAUUUCUGUUGCAACAUAUGUAUUCUGCUAAUGUGGUGUUUGCACUUUAUUAUGGUGGAAGAUUUAAUUUAACAAUUUAGGAUACUUAUAAUUCAUGAGAGCUCUCACGGUAAUAAUUUACUAACAGAGAUGCACCAGUAUACAUUCUUUCAGAUGUACAUCUUAAAUAUGGAUCUUACAAGAAGCUCUUAUCAAGAGACCACAGGUGCCCCUGUACAGUUUUCUUGUGUUAAUUUUAAAUCUUGUAGAUAGUGCCUGCAGUUUUCCAAUAUGCACAUUCAGGCAGCAAGGCUUCAUAUUGGGAGUGAAUUUUUAGAAAAUUGGCCUUAUUGGUGUUUUCUGAGGCCUGAAAGCUGCUCGCUCGAUUCUCUCUUUUAAAAAUGAGUGAAGUGCCGUUAAUGGGUAGAGCUAUGUUAAAUUUAUUUGAAAUCUAGAUUUUUCAAGUUAAAUACACAAAAUGGAUAAGUGUUUAAGACAUAUGUAUGUACAGCACUUUAGCAUUCAAGAUAAAUGCAAGUUCUUUGUCUUUCAAUGCAGAAUUGACAGACAUUCAGUAAAUUACUUACUCUCAACAUACAACUCUACAAAUGUUUCGACAAAACAUAGGAAGUUGCAUUUUCAAAGUUAAUAGGGGACCUUGGUUUUAAUUGGUACUACCCACAGAUAGUCAAGUGAGAAACUAGAAAUGAGAGAAGACUUUCAGCUCAGCUAAAUCAGCCCCUUUCUCUCUGAGGGGCGUAGUUCUGGAGUUCUCUUUGACAUUGCCUCUCCUGACAUGUUGAUGGAGAUCACCAAGUAUGUACUUGAUUGGCAGAGUAAUGGGAAAAUUGCUCAAAAUAACAAUGGGCAAGAAUGAUGUUUGAACUAAUGGGAAACUAGCUUGAAGGUUCAUGGAUUAAUUCAACUGUUCAUUUAGAUAACAUUCACCCAUAUUAAUUCAUGUAUAAUUUAUAAAAUCUAGUUUUACAACAUUUCAGUGCACUGGGGACAGGGAGAACUGUCAGAAAAAAUGUGUUUUUGGUAUAUAAGAACUAUUUGCAUGCACUAACACCCCUCCAGUGCAAGCAUUCCAUCUGCCUUUGGGGAGUUAGGAUAAUUUCUAAGAUGCGGUAAGUUUUCCCACUGAGGGUGCCUUCAAAUCUUUUAUUCCACUAUGAUCUUUAAUGGCCUUUAAUGAGAUUUGCUGCUUUAUUAUGGGCAUAAUUUGAAUAUUAUGAAAUAUGUGGUUUUGUUUUUGCUCCAUGAUCCCUCCAAGAUGCAGGCUGGCAUUUAAUGCUGCUAAUUUGAAGGUGAUAAUUGCAUUACAUUAACUAUGUUCUGUAAUGAGAGAACUGCUGGCACAGAUGGCCCAAUAUUUAUGUUGUAGGGAAUGUUUCAGUUAAAAUAAGAUUGUCAAAAAGACAUGUUUGAGCUUUUGGAUUUUAAAGCUGCUGGUGCAGGUCAUUUAAUUGUAAUGGUGAGUAAUUAUUGGUUGUGACCCAUUUCAUGUGUCAUAAUUUAUAAAUGAUAUUAAGGCUUAGUUAUUUAUUAAAGAUAUUGUAAUAUUUCUUGCCUGUGUUUUAAACACAUUGAAAAUUCUAAAAACAUUUAAGGGACCAUUUGGUGUAAAGUAUUACAGAAAACCUGUGGUGGAAAUAAAGAUAUCAAAGGAAACGUGAUUAAAUAAUUUUAUCACGAGUCUGCUUUCAAGAUUAGUGUCUAGUUUCUAUUUACGUAAAAAAUCUUGUAAAAAAAAGGACAUGGUGGAUUGGUGAAGCAGAUCAAUGCCAAAUAAUAUUCAGGAAAUAAAUUACACAAAUCUAAAAACUAGGAAUAGAAUACAUUUUAAAGUGUCUUUAUAGUCAAAAUAAUAAUCCUACCUCUAAUUAGGUAUUGUGUAUCUAUUUGUGUUUACUCUAUUGACCAAUAAAUAGAAUGGUCCCACUUGUAGUUUUGGAGAAAAGCUGUACAGUUAAUUGUGUGUACUUAUAAUGCUGUACAGAGUUUUGCUGAUUGUCCCAGUACAUAAUUACAUCUGAAAAUUAUUUGGGAAUGUAAAGAUGUGGGGAGUGGGGGGGUGGGCAGCGGGUGUUGGUAGGUGCAAAUAGGUGGGGCUGGUGGGAGAGUGGAUGACACAUGAAGCUAGUAGGAAUGCUUAAAGCAACAGCCUUUUAAGUUUUUAAAGUGCACUAAAAUUUCAGCUUUGAUGUUUUACUGUUAGUCCUGAGGAAUUCAUCAUUAAUUGUAGUCUUGCUGAGAGUUCAUAGUGUGGGGUAGAGUCCUUUGUAAUUAGUGCUUGAAUUGUUUAAUGUGAGGUGGUCUGAAUUUUCAGCAUGGCGAAAGAAACUCUAGGAAGACUUUUACAUGAUCUGGACACUGUUGCCUUAAAUCUAAAAACAAGACAAAAUGUACUUAGGAUGUUAUUUUGUGUAAACUUUCUGUAAAAUAAGGCUCAAAAUGUUGAGCUAUUAUAGUAACAUCUGUCACUUUCCUUGUAUUGCUUGUAUUUUUAAAAACUUAAUAAAAGGAAAAAUUUAUAGAAUC